UUGAGAUGUACAUUGGAAGCUUCUGAAAUUUUAAUGAAGACACCAGAUCUGAGAAGAAGGCAGCCAGUGACAGGAGAAGAACUUGAGAGUGAGCAGGCUCUUGCCAGGAUGACUCAGGGAUUCUGGAAGGUCUACAAGGCCAAAGUACUGCAGACCCUCGGUGGAGAGCUGCCAGAAGAGGAGCUCCAGGAUGAGAGAGACAAUCCUGAACUGAUGGAAACCACAGACUCCACGCUACUGACAGAGGAGCGGUCAAAUCCUGUAUCUCAGCUGGCACAGCGGGUCCAGGGAGCUGGAGUCAAAGGCUGGAGAACAAUGUCAUCUUUGUUCAACCGAGAGGAUGAACACAAGCUGCUGGCCUCUGAGCCUUGUCCUGACCACCCUCUGGCAACCAAACCAACAGAGGACUCCUCCUCUGAAAAGAAGACAUCUGGGCUUUGGGAUGUCUUUGCCACAAAGUGGCAGCAAGCCUCAGCCCUGGAAAAGCCGGUUGCAAAGGCCGACAGGGAAACGACGGGUGAGGAAGCCAUUCACGCAAGCCAGGACGACGACCUCCGAGAGGCCGAAGGGGUGGCCUUCAAGUGGAGUUUCCUGACCAGCAAACUGGCUGAGAUGAAGAACAAAAGUGUCCCCAAGAGCAACUAG